AGUUUUUCUUUUUCAUGGGUACAAAAUUCCAAAUCCACCGCGUUGCUAGGGUUUCCAUCUUCAUCAGCUGUAAUUAGCUGUAUCAUUAUGAAGAAAAAAGAUUUGGUCCCCGUGAGCUGGAAUGAUGGUUGCUUGUUCUCGAUCUUGAUCUGAAUUUUGGGUUUUGGGGGUCCUCCUGCAGUCAUACGAAUUCGUCAUUCGAUACAAAGCCUAGGCUUUUUUUCUCAUAGGAAUGGAUUUGGAAAGUGGGUGUUCGUCACUUGAAUCUAGGGAAGAUGAUGAAGUUAGAACCCCUGGUAAAUUGGUUAAUUCUUCUGACGACACCACCAAGAUUGCAAACAAUGGCUCCUGCGUUGUUGUUGAUGAUAAACUAGUGGAAAAUGCAAAAGGGAAGGGGAUUGAAGUUACGGAGUUAGUGAAUUCACCUCCGACGAUCGCGUCGCCUUUGGGGACAGCCAUGAAAGGCUAUGGGUUGAAGAAAUGGAGACGGAUUAGGAGGGAAGUGAAUACUGAUGGGAGCAUUAAUGUAGAUAGUAGUAAGAUAUUGAAGCGGGGUUUGUCGAAUACGGCUGCCAAAUCAAUCAAAAUUUCGCAUUUUUCUGCUGAUGUGAAGCAAAAGAGUGCGGGCUCCAUUUCGUCAACAAAUGCAAUGGUGAGAAGUCCGGGAGCUGUGGUUGAUGGUUUCAUCAUGAUUGGCGAUCCUGGGUCAGCAGUUGGACCCACCUUUAAUGCCCGGGAAGAUUCCGAGAGCAGCGAGGAUCGGAGCAGCAGGUCUUCCACGGCAGCGAGCGCUCCAAAGAUGAGGUGUGAGAAACCUGCAGGGGCACGGGAUAAGAACAGGAGGAGUCUGAGUGGGAAGAAUAUGGCUAAUUCGGUGCAGCGGAGUCAGCAGGGGAAGGGUCAGAUUGAAACGAGUAAGAAACCUAGAGGUGAAUUGAUCAAAAUCGAGAAGGAAAACUCUCAUUCCAGCAUGGAAUCUGACUCGCGAAGCUCCAACUUUGUCUUUAUGCAAGGCACUGAUUCUGUGACCAGUAAUGGGAGACAAAGUGGAAUGCCAAUGAACUAUGAUGGAGAAAAUAGUGACGAAGCUCAGGGCUGUGAUCAACAGUUUAGUGAGGAAUUUCAAAUUGGUAAUGGCAGAAAAGAGAUGGGAGAAUUUGAAGAGGUGUUUCAAGAAAAUUUAGGGGUUGACUUGUCUUGGGAGGCUAAGGAAGAAAAAAGCGAGAACCAGAGGUCCUCUUCAGAUAAGGAUUCUCUGGUUGAGUCCAUCCUUUCACUCCAGUCUGUGCAGGAUGCGCUUGAAAAAGGUGGAAAAGAGAUGGGAGAAUUUGAAGAGGUGUUUCAAGAAAAUUUAGGGGUUGACUUGUCUUGGGAGGCUAAGGAAGAAAAAAGCGAGAACCAGAGGUCCUCUUCAGAUAAGGAUUCUCUGGUUGAGUCCAUCCUUUCACUCCAGUCUGUGCAGGAUGCGCUUGAAAAAGAAGUUCAGAAAUUAAAAGACAUUGGCAAGGAAGAUAUUUCUGUCUUCAAUGGUAGUAGUUCACCUUCAAAGUUCCCUUAUGAUGACCCAGAAGUCCAUGAACAAAGUUCGUCCGACCCAUUGCUAUGUGAUGAGAGUGGACAAAGUGCCUCUCAUCCAUUUGAAACCCAGUUGGUUAGCUUAAAACGGAGUGUCAAUUCUUUGGAGAGCAAGCUGGCGGAGGCAAGGGUCAUGCUCCAAAUGAAGGAAGCCAAGAUUACUGAACUUGAAGCCACACUAGGUAGGAGCAUGUCUGCAAAGGAAGAAUCAGGGAGCACUGUAGGGUUGCAACAAGAAAAAUAUAGAGGGGUGGAGACUGAACUUGAGGGCCUCUUCAGUCAAAAGAUUGAAUCUGAGGUUCAGUAUUUAGCAAUAUCGAGAACCGUCCAAAAUUUGAGAGUUGCAGCAGUGGAUCAAAUCACACUUCUGGAAGAACAAAAAACUCUUGCUUUGGAGCAGGCCCAGAUGCUGAACAAGCUUGGAUAUGUAGAAGGAAAGGCUGCCAUGCUAAAAAGGGAAGCUGAAAAGUUGGAGACUUAUUGUGAAGAUAUUGUCGCUGCCGAUGACGUUUUGAGGCUUCAGAAGAAGAUUUGUAAGUUUACUUGGUGUUUCUUUAUACAGUUGAUGUUGCUGGUUGUUAUCCUGGCACUUUUUGUGUUCAAGUUAUCACCCCUUAAUGCUGGGGUGGUGGUACCCACCUAA